AUGGGCCACAUGAGUCCAGUGAGUCAAGAGGCACUUGAAGACCAGCCAGUGUAUUAUUUGCCUCACCAUGCUGUCCUCAAGGCUGACAACUUGACUACUAAGACUAGAGUAGUAUUCGACGCGUCAGCAGUCACGAUAAGUGGACUAUCGUUGAAUGACAUUAUGUGUCAUGGUCCCACUAUUCAAAAACCAUUAAUAAACAUCAUACUUCGUUUUCGAUUACAUCACAUUGUUCUUACAGCAGAUAUCAUGAAAAUGUACCGUCAGAUUGGAGUAGCUGACGAAGACUGUAAUAUGCAGAGAAUUCUGUAUCGAACCUCGCCCAGUGAUCCACUACAAGAGUUUCGCCUUUUGACUGUGACAUAUGGAACAAAGGCAGCUCCGUUUUUGGCUACUAGGUGCCUAGCCGAGCUAACACAUACGUGUCAAAAUCUAUCCGUCGCGAAAGUUAUUGAUUAA